UAGUAUGAGUUUGACACCUCGAGAAAAUUAGGAUCCAGCGAAUAAAAAAGUCGGUAGCAUGAUAUAUUAGAUUUGCACCCCCAAAAAAGUAGCAUUAGAAACGCAGUUUUGUAAUUAUUAUUAUCAUUACAACGAAGCACGCUGAGUUUUGAGUUAUCUAACAUUAACAAUGUCUAGUUCAGAAGAUGAAGGAGGAGGAGAAGAGUAUCUCUUCAAAGUCGUUAUAAUCGGUGACUCCGCAGUUGGUAAAUCAAAUCUACUCUCUAGAUACGCUCGUAACGAGUUCAAUCUUCACUCCAAAGCUACAAUCGGUGUUGAGUUUCAAACUCAGAGCUUAGAAAUCGAUUCCAAAGAAGUUAAGGCUCAGAUUUGGGAUACUGCCGGUCAAGAACGCUUCCGUGCUGUAACCUCCGCUUAUUACAGAGGCGCUGUCGGUGCUCUUGUUGUUUAUGAUAUUAGCCGGAGAACUACUUUUGAUAGCGUCGGUCGUUGGCUCGAUGAACUCAAGACUCAUUGCGAUACGACGGUGGCAAUGAUGUUGGUGGGAAACAAAUGUGAUUUGGAUAAUAUAAGGGCAGUGAGUGUUGAAGAAGGAAAAAGCCUUGCGGAAUCAGAAGGUUUGUUUUUCAUGGAAACUUCUGCUUUGGACUCUACAAAUGUGAAAACAGCUUUUGAAAUGGUUAUUAGAGAGAUAUACAACAAUGUCAGCAGAAAGGUCCUCAACUCAGACACUUACAAGGCUGAAUUAUCUGUCAACAGGGUUAGUCUUGUUAACGAUGGCAACUCUACAUCCAAGAAAAACAAUAGCUAUUUUUCUUGCUGUUCCUGAAUUUGGUGGUUUUUUGUUGGUUUUGAGUAAUUAAAAUUCAAUUGGGUUGGCUUCUUCUUUGAUGGAUAUCAUUUGAAUAGUUUUCCAUUACAACUAUAAAAAGACAUAAUAUAGCAACGAAAAUUUUAUAUAUCUUCUUCAAUUUUAAGUAAACGGGUUUUAAUUGUAUAAUAGGGGGUAUAGAGAGCAUUUGUUUUGUUUUGUUUUGUUAUGUUUUGUUUGUUGUUGUUGAUUAAUUUACGAGUUUCUCAUUUGGUUAUUGCAUGUCCUGGAGUUUUUAUUUUUGUACUUGGUCAACCAGAUUAUUUUUUUGACGUCUUGGUCAACCAGAAGUUGCUUAUAGUUCACGAGUUCCUUUUGAUUUGACCGAUAUA